AUGCUGUUUAAAAAACCGAAAACCAUUCCGGCGGAUUGCGAGGAGAUACAUAACAGAAUAAGAGCACACGAGGAACAACUAGAAGCGCUACAGAAAGAGUUGUUCCAGAGGCAGCGGAUUUCGUUAAAGCGCAAAAGGGCUCCACUAAAACAAAAACAGAAACAUGUUUUCGUAAAGCCUCGGAAAAUUGAACUCAACAAUUCAGUUCAAACCCUAAAGCGUAAAAUAGAAGGACUGACGAUGCUAACAGGUAUUGAGGUGCAGUCCUUUAAGAAAGGCGAUCACUGUUGUAUUGUGUAUAAUAUGCAACAAAACUCUGAAAAUCAAAUAAAGCAUGGCCUACGAAUUGAAAUGAAGACAGGUGGAAAUGAGGUGACAGAAAGUGCCUUACCCGUGGGUUUCAAUUGGAAUGCAGUGGUUGAUGAUUAUGAAAACAUGUUGAAACCGGAAUAUCUUCUAGCUGUGCAAUCAGCUUUGUUAGCCUACUAUGAUAGACUCGAGCAAUUUAAGGAAUUACAGAAUCUUCUUACAGUAGAUGGAAUAUUAUUCAGGAAUCUGGAUGGAUCUCACAUUGAAGCUACAUUCUCUUUGCAAAAUGCAGAAGAUGACUGUGUGGAGAUUCGAGUAACACUCGUAUUAGAUUAUAGGGUUCAGGACAUAAGGCCUAAGAAGUUCUUGUUCAUUGGUGACAAUCUGUCAGAGGGACUAGAGAGUUUACAGCAACAAUGUGUAAUGUUAAAGAAGAAACCUCUACACAAAGCCUUCAAAAGUACCUUUAUAAAUAACACUGGUCUGUGGAAAUUAGUUCAACAGCUAAAAACAACUAAGACAACACCGGUUAGAUCGAAACGAGUACAUCCAAAUAGGAAUCCAAACAAUGACGAUACUUUUCACCCAGAUGAAUGUUCCGAUCAAGGUGAAGAGGAAUAA